AAUUACCAGAACUGCAUCAAAUAGUAAAUAUAGAUCUUAUGCUGGAAAUGUCAACCUCUCUGACAGCCAUAACCCCCAUCAUUGAAAGAGAAAGCGGAGGACACCACUAUGUUAGUAUGACUUUACCGGUUGAUGCAGUUAUAUCUGUUGCUCCAGAAGAAACAUGGGGAAAAGUUCGUAAACUUCUAGUUGAUGCAAUUCAUAAUCAACUAACGGAUAUGGAAAAGUGCAUUUUGAAAUAUAUGAAAGGAACAUCUAUUGUGGUCCCUGAACCAUUGCACUUUUUAUUACCAGGGGAAAAAAACCUUGUAACAAUUUCAUAUCCAUCAGGAAUUCCAGAUGGUCAGCUGCUGGCCUACAGAAAGGAGUUACAUGAUCUCUUCAAUCUGCCUCACGACAGACCUUAUUUCAAAAGGUGUAAUGCUUAUCACUUUCCAGAUGAACCAUAUAAAGAUGGUUACAUUAGAAAUCCACAUAUUUAUCUCAAUCCACCUAACAUAGAGACUGGUAUGAUUUACAUGGUCCAGGGCAUAUAUGGUUAUCAUCAUUAUAUGCAGGAUCGGGUAGAUGACAAUGGCUGGGGCUGUGCUUAUCGAUCUCUGCAGACUAUCUGCUCUUGGUUCAGACACCAGGGAUACACCGAGAGAUCCAUUCCAACACACAGAGAAAUCCAGCAGGCUCUGGUUGACGCCGAGGACAAACCAGCAACCUUUGUCGGAUCUCGGCAGUGGAUCGGGUCUAUCGAGGUACAGCUGGUGCUCAACCAACUGAUUGGGGUCACUUCAAAAAUACUCUUUGUCAGCCAAGGCUCUGAGAUGGCCUCUCAAGGGCGGGAGCUGGCUCAUCAUUUCCAGAGUGAAGGAACCCCAGUGAUGAUCGGGGGAGGUGUUUUGGCCCACACAAUACUCGGAGUUGCAUGGAAUGAGGUUACAGGGCAAAUAAAAUUUCUGAUUUUAGAUCCGCAUUAUACAGGUGCUGAAGAUCUGCAAGUUAUUUUGGAAAAGGGCUGGUGUGGAUGGAAGGGCCCAGACUUUUGGAACAAGGAUGCUUACUAUAACUUAUGUCUUCCCCAGCGACCAAAUAUUAUUUGAAAUAUCUUGGACUCAAAGACUGUAAUAAAGUUGUAUUAUAAAUUUGUUAAUAAACAAUAAGUUUAAUUUCAAAUUAAA